AUGGACUCCUCCCCACCCCCAGAGGGUACGUUUGGCUCUCCAUCCGACUUUCUCAAGAACAUUGUUGGCAAGAAGGUCAAGGUCCGCAUCGCCAGCGGCAUCGACUACCAUGGCACCCUCUCCUGCCUCGACGGAUACAUGAACGUCGCCCUCGAGGACACGGAGGAGUACGCCCACGGCCGCCUGACGGCAAAAUACGGCGACACGUUCCUGCGCGGCAACAACGUGCUCUACAUCUCGGCACUCGAGGACUUGUAA